AUGAAGAAAUUUUUGGCUAAGAGAAAACCCAACUUCGUGACAAUGAAGCAAAAAGGAAGCUUCCCUUCACUUAUCAUGAAGCGUGGUGGAGAUGAAGGCAGUAGCAGGAAUGGAGAUGGAGGCUGGAAAUUUGUGGAUGAGCAGCUGUGUUCAAUCUACAAGAAUGACAAGGACCUUUUCACUCUUCUAAUUGAAUUUGUGAAAGAGGAACUAGAUCUCCUCAACAUACAUACACACUUAAAGACAUUAGGUGUUCAACUCUGGAAAGAUGUGAUGUCUAAGACUCUUGAAACUGUUUUUGAAGGAAGUUGGCCAGUGGAGAAGGUUGAGAUGCUUCCUGGUGAGGAUAGAUCUUUUACUUUCAAAAAUGUGACUUUAGAGGAGGAUGACGAGAUAGGAAUCAAGGUGGACAAGAGAGAGGGUUUACUUAUGAAGUUGGAGGAAAGAAAAUGA